UAAGAGGCCCGGAGCACCGCGUAUUGCCUGGUUUGCAUUGCAACAGCAGGGGUGUGGCACAGUUUACACACAUUACAAAAGUCUCUGGACUUCCUGAAUGUGUUAGUGUGAGAUAUUACACUGUAUCUUCGCGCACGAUGUCUGCCGCUGAAUGGAAGACGAAAUGUGAGGUUGAGUGGAGUCUGCAGCGCGCACCGAUGCCCGACAGCCUGGACUGGAAGUCUAUCUAUCAGGCAAAGCCGCUGUGGAGGAACUUAGUGAAGAACCCUGCGCCUCUAGGAUUGAGUAAGGACACCCCUCCCCCUGAACCUGACCUGCCUGCAGUGCCAUCCCAUGGACCUCCACGUUUCCAACCUGAUGGUGACUUCACUGGCUGGAGCACGAGCACCGAAGUCCUACCCUAUGAUACCAGUGGCAUCCCAGCAGGCGCGGUUAUCUGUCAAUUACCUCAGUAUAGCUGGUUCACCAUGGAGCAGGUUGUGGACCUGAAGGCAGAAGGACUGUGGGAAGAGCUGCUGGAUACAUUUCAGCCUGAAAUAGCCAUCCAAGACUGGUAUGAGGAGAGUCAGAUCCAUGACUCUAUCUACCAGCUGCAUGUAAAGCUACUGGGUGCUGACAAAAGCACAGUGAUCUCAGAACACACUGUCAGUCCCACUGAGGACCGCAGCACUUACUCACACACCUGGAAGGAGGUGUCGUAUGUGUUCUCUGACUAUGGACCUGGGGUGAGAUAUGUCCACUUCCAGCACCGACUGAAGAACAGCUUCCUGAACAGUUUCUUCCCCACACUGUUCACCAGCAGCUCAGUGAUGGUCAGACCAUUCCGAGCCAGCUCCUAGGCUAAAACCUACUGAAAUUUAGUUGUUUAUACACCCUAAGCCUCAGCCUGAUCAAGGCAUCUUCACUUUUAGACUAGUUAUACUGGUAUGGGGCAAUAAAACAAACACUUUUCUUAAUUCAGAGUUGAUUAUUUCUUUCAUGUGGAGAAACCUGUGUCUGAAAAAUACUACUGGAAAUAUAUUUGCAUGAAAUAAACAUACAGUAUAGUAAACAGA